CUAACAGGCGUUUCUACUUCUAACUCAAUAAUACAAUAAUUAUUAAUAAUAUAUUAAAUGUAUUAAAAAUUAUGUAAUGUAUGGGUUGGUUUAAGUUCCUUUCUACAUAUUGGGUUGGUAAAAUAAUAUACAAAAGUUGAACAUACGAAAGACGCUCUCACGAUGGAAGAUGGAUGGACGGAAGUACGGCGGAGGAAAACGACGGCAACCACAGGAAACACGGCGGAAUAGACCACUUUCUUCGUCACCAACAUUCCAAACGGAGCAACAAAGUCUGAAUUCAGGAAGAUCUUCUCACGAUGGGGCAGAUUAUCGGACAUCUACUUCGGCGGGCACAAAGGAAAGAAUGGGAAAAACUAUGGCUCCAUAAGAUUUCUUGGAGUUCCUAAUGCAAAAGAUUUGGAGUCCAAGUUAAACGGAGUGGCUUGCAGAAACAACAAGCUUGAGAUCAACAUCGCUAGACACAGCCGGAAAACAUAUCCGCCACCCACUGGGAAAACCAGCGAGAGAACAAGAACUAUAGCUCCAUCCAUGAUUAAGAAUAAAUCCAUCGGCGGAGGGCAUACUGAUUAUCGAACUUACGCCCAAGUUACAGGUAACCACAACUCAUGGAAAGCUUAUUAGAUUCAUUCAUAUCAUCAUCAAUCACCCUCACCUGUCAGACUAAGAGUGGACGAAGGCAUGGAUCGCAGGUUAAAAAACUUCACACUCAUCGGGGAAGCGAAAUCUUUAGACCAUCUUGGACACAUGCCAGCACUCAUCUCCAUUCAUUGCGAACAUCGCCCCUCAGUUAAAUAUAUUGGAGGUAUGCUUGCACUGUUAAGCUUUGAAUCCACUGUCGAAGCAAGAGAAUUCCUAGGAAAUGAAAGGAAUUGGACUAACACCUUCAAAUGGUUGAAGAUGGGAUCACCUGAGGUUAAUAAUAAAUUUGAACGAGUAACAUGGAUAAGGCUAGUUGGUUUGCCUCUUAGACUAUGGAGCAACACUAACUUCUCAUCCAUUGUGGGCAAGUUUGGGAAGAUUGUUGUGCCUCUAGAUCACACCACUAAUCGUGUUGAUCUCUCUGUGGCGAAGAUAGCCAUAACCAUAGAAAAACCAACCGAAUUCAACGAAGAAAUACUAGUGGAAGCGGAUGGACAGUAUUAUCAAGUGGGUAUCAUAGAAUACGAAGAUGAACCAUGGUUUCCAUUUAAAUUCGAUGAAGAAGAACAACCAUACGCAGACUCGGACAGGGAAGGAAAAGAUGAAUCGAUGAUUAGUGAAUCUGAAAACUCAGAUUCCAAUGAUGAUGAAGAAGGUGUAUCGGGAACAUGGAUUAACGAUAUCGAAGAAGGAGAAAUCGCCCAAGAAGACACCAUCAACCCUCCAAGUAGUGAUGGCGUUGGCCUACCGCCACCAACCACGGUGGCCGGACAGGUCGGAGAGGUGAAGCUAACCGAGACGCCGACAAAGUCAUGCGAAUCAGACACGUUGGGACCAGAGGUCGAGAAUAUGGGAGUCGAAAUGUCAAUCAAAUUCCAAGAAAAAUCAAACAUUAAUGGUAACAUCAUCUGGUUUGCCGCCCUCCCCAACCAGAUGGACCCAUCAUCGAUGGACCCACAACCUUUAGGCUCAUCUUGGACCGCUACCUUCCCGGUUGCGUUAGCCCAAUCUGGGUGCUUUGGCCCAUUCCCUUCGUUUGUAUCCACUCCACAAGAAACAAGUCAACUGAACUCAGAAAAUGGUCAAAAUAGAGAUCAGAUUCGGUCUUCUCUAAAAAGGCGUCGCCUACAUAGAUCACCUUCUGGUGAAAUCUUACUGUCAUUCCCAACUUUUCCCCUAAUCUUUGACAACGAAGAUAAUCAGGCUCCAAACACAGCUUCCUUCCCCAUCGAUGCACAACCCAAUGACCCCGCUAACCUAGAUGUUGAAACACCCGAAAUUGAAGCAACAGUAGCUGUGGCCUCCCUAAUUGGGUUCGAGAUCGAGCCCAAUAACAGCAUCCUAGCUGAAGUACUUGGCGUAUCAGGUGUAAACAAUGCUCCCCAAUGAAUUUCCUUUCCCUAAAUAUCAAUGGCAUCGGCGGCGAACAUAAGGUGGCCUGGAUUAGAAGAUUGAAAAGGAAACACAAAGUAUCAUUUAUGGCGAUUCAAGAAACACAACAAUCAGAUGCUGAACAAAUAGAUGCAAGAGCUUGUUGGGGCGAUACUGAAUUUGGAGUCAACCAUACAAACUCUAUUGGCAGGUCGGGUGGAUUAUUAAAUUUGUGGGAUUCCAAGUCCUUCACAUCCACGGAAGUUAUCUCCUCGCAUAAUUACCUCAUCAAUAUAGGAACAUGGGUGGGCAUCUCUACACCAGUCAUAUUCGCCAACAUUUAUGGACCUCAGCCGAUUCGUGAGAAAGCAAAGUUAUGGGAAAAUUUGAAAGAAAUAAAACAAGAAAGGAAAGGAGUGUUGAUCAUCAUGGGAGAUUUUAAUGUUGUAAGAAGGCCUGAUGAAAGAUUCAAUUCGAUCUUUUGCCCUCGUACAGCCAAGGAUUUCAACAACUUUAUCCUUGAUUCGGGUCUCAUUGACUUGAAAAUGGGUGGUUUCAGAUACACAUGCUGUCGCAGCGAAGGAAUCAAACUAAGCAAAUUAGACCGAUUCCUGAUUAGCCCGGAUUUUCUUGGCAUAGCUCCAAAAACCUUCGUAACUGCUCUUCCUAGAGAGUUAUCCGACCAUAGCCCCAUACUACUCUCAACUAAUUCCCCGGACUUUGGUCCCCCACCAUUCAAACUCUUCAAUUCCUGGCUUCUCAGAGACGGCUUUAAGAAGGCGUUCAUAACUAGAUGGAACAAUUUCACAGGAUACGGAACACCUGAUCAAUACUUGGCUGCUAAACUAAGGCAUGUCAAAGAUGCACUAAGAAAAUGGAGGGCAACAGAACAUCCCAAAGAAGAGGCAGCACUGAUUAAGUUCAGAAAAGAGGUAGAAUGGUUAGAUCACGAAGCUGAAUCAGGAACCCUCAAUCCAGAAGAAGUGCACAAAAAGACGGGAUUGUUUUUAAGAAAAUCUCAGAACUGGAAAAACUCAAAGCGAGUGACAUGAAGCAAAAAUCUCGGAUCAAAUGGGCCGUCGAUGGGGAUGAAAAUACCCGUUGUUUUCAUGGCCUGGUAAACAAUAACAACCGGAAAAAUGGAAUAGACGGGCUCAUGAUUAAUGGCACCUGGUGUACCGAUCCUGAGAAAAUCAAACUUGAAGCCUUUAAAUUUUUUGCAAACAAAUUCAAAGAAAAAUGGCCCUCAAGACCUAAACUUAAUAACAACCACUUCAAGAGGAUCACCCCUGCUGACUGUCAAAUGCUCGAAGAACCCAUCUCAUUGGAGGAAAUCAAAGCGGCAGUGUGGGCGUGUGGAAAUGAGAAAGCACCGGGACCCGACGGAUAUACAUUCAAAUUCAUAAAGAAAUACUGGGAAGUGUUGUUGGGAGAUAUUGCUGCAGUGGUUACAUUCUUCGAAUAUCAUGGGAAACUCGAUAAGUCAUGCAAUUCAUCGUUCAUCUAACUUAUCCCUAAGAUCAAAGACCCCAUCUCGCUUCGGGAUUUCAGACCCAUCAGUCUGAUUGGUUCUCUGUACAAAAUUAUUGCCAAGAUCUUAGUGAGCAGAAUAAAGAAAGUGAUGAGGAGUUGUAUAGAUGAUGUGCAGUCAGCGUACGUAGAAGGAAGAAAUAUCCUUGAUGGGCCGUUAAUAGUUAAUGAGAUCUGCUCCUGGGCAAAGAAGGUGAAAAGGAAAGUUCUGCUCUUCAAAGUGGACUUCGACAAAGCAUUCGAUUCCAUUAACUGGGGAUUCCUUGACUCCAAUCUAAAAAUUAUGGGGUUCGGUGACAAAUGGAGGGCAUGGAUUAAGGGGUGUCUUGAAUCAUCUAAAGCAUCAGUCUUGAUUAAUGGAAAUCCGACCAAGGAAUUUUCAAUAUCAAAAGGGGUUCGGCAGGGUGAUCCACUUUCACCGUUUCUCUUCAUCAUAGUAAUGGAGGGUCUAAGCGCUGCUAUGAAAGUUGCAUGUGAGAUUGGUGUCUUCAAAGGCUUAGUUCUACCACACGGGGUAGCAACCAUCUCUCACAUACUAUAUGCUGAUGACGCAUUGUUCGUAGGAGAAUGGUCGAAAAGAAAUAUAAAAAAACCUUGCAAGGAUUCUGAAUUGUUUCCAUGUUUCUUCGGGCCUCAAAGUUAACUUUGAUAAGUCCAAGGUUUUUGAUAUAGGCGCUGACUCGCAAGAAGUCUCCAGUUGGGCAGCAACCCUCGUUUGUAAACCAUCAUCUCUCCCUUUCACAUAUCUUGGGGUCCCGAUCGGAGCGAACAUGAAUCUUUCCAAGAACUGGAAACCGGUGAUCGAGAGAUUUCAUAAAAAAACUUUCCAUUUGGAAAACUAAAACGCUAUCAUUUAGUGGUAGACUAACAUUAAUUCAAUCGGUAUUGGGCAAUGUACCAAGCUAUUACCUCUCAAUAUUCGUUGCUCCAGAAGGGGUAGUAGAAAAGUUGGAAAAAAUUCGCAGAACUUUUUUAUGGGGAGGAUCUGAAGGAAAAAGAUGCAUUUAUUGGGUCUCUUGGGACAAAGUGAUUGCUUCUAAAGAAGAUGGUGGUCUCGGGGCACAUGGAAAAACAUUGCAAGCAUUGGCAAGCAUCUUCAAAAAAAAGACAUCCCCAUUGAUUCGGUGAUAUCCAAAGAAUUUGCCCCCACGGGUACGACAUGGAAGUGCCAUCUCACGGGUGACGAAACUUACUCAGUGAAUGUUCUUCGGAAAAAAUUGGAUUUUAACCUUAAUGUAAACAUUGGACGUUUCACAUGGCUAAAGGAGGUUCCAAUUAAAGUUAAUUGCUUCAUAUGGAGGGCUAAAUUGGGCUAAAUAUCUUCUGCUGUAGGUCUCUUGUCUAAAUAUGCGAAAAUGGUUAGGAUUUCAAUGAAUGUUCAGACCAUGCCCUGAUUGGAUGCAAAUAUGCGAAAAUGGUUAUGCAAGGGGUCUUUCAAUGGUGUGGUGUUGCCAUGGACGAGGUCGGUACAGUAAACGACAUGAUCACAUUUGUAAAUUCACAUUUCGGAUGCUAAAAAAAAAGAGAAUGUUCAUGGGAAUAUGUUACGGUAUGCUUUGGAGUAUAUGGAAAGCUAGAAAUGAAAGAGUCUUCAAAAAUAAACGGGUGUCCCCUUAUAAGCAGGUAGACAUUAUCAAAUCGAUCACUCACCUGUGGAUCAAAAAUAAGGGUAAAAAAGGCAACAUUGAUUGGUUAGCAUGGUGUAAUUGCCCAUUUUUCUGUUUGUAAACGGUUGCCUACAUUUUGUAUUCCUAUCUUCCUCCUCUAGUCACUUGCUAGAGGUUGGUUUUUUAAUAUAUAUAUUUUAUUUGCUGGUUCAAAAAAAACAUAUUGGGUUGGUUU